CUCGUCUGCGGGUAAUCAAUAGAGACAUUGAUAUCCCGGCCGUGCAAACAAAUACCCGACAGCCAUUGGAUUACAUGUACAUUGUAUGUAGAUGGACACGGAGUGCUCGAAAUUUAGCAGAGUCAUAGUGUGAUAUUCGGCAGCAAGAGGUCUCAUCGGGCGAAUAUAUUUAUUGCUUGUGGAGCUGGUGAGCCGGAGUGGUCGCGCGGUCGAAUUUUGGCAAAGGGGUUGGAGAAGACUUUUCUUCUAAUCUACUACGUGUACAUUUAUGUUCAUUGCAUAGAGAGUUAGCAAGAUGCGUACCAACCAGCUCUCCUCCGUGGUCGCGUUGACAAUCAUCUUCACUAGCCUCCUUGCUACAGCCUAUGGCGGGAAGAUCCUCCUCAUGUGUAUGCAGCGGAGUGGUCAUCUCAGUGAGUUCGCUGGCCUGGCUGAAGGCCUGUUGGCGCGGGGACACAAGGUCUACAUGGUCCUUGACGAGCACCUGAAGGAACCGUCGGUCUUCAAGGGACUCGACGUGACCUUCAUGCGGUACAAAUCCAUGAAACCUGAGAUGAUGGACACGAAGAAGUUUGAUGAAACGCAAUCUAAGCUGAUCCUAGAAGAUUCUGAAAGUCCGGUCUUGGCUCUAAACAGAGUCCAUGUGACAUACGACUGUUUGAGCACCGUUGAAGACAAGGAGUUGUUCAAGAGGAUGCAGCAGGAGAAAUUCGACUUCGCUGUCGUGGAAGGGAUGUAUUUUUGCUACCAUAUUAUUCCGCAUAAUCUUGGUAUUCCGUACGGACAACUGUCUUCGCCGUUGUAUUCGUGGCUAGUGCGCAUCCAUCCCUUGUCCGGGUUCACCGCUUGCGCGCUCAGAGGCAAGAAGAAUACAUUCUUCAACCGACUGCAAUUCUUCGUUGUGAGCAUGAUCUUUGAAAACAUGGUGUCAAAUGCGUUUCUUGACGAAAGUAAGAUGCUGCCCCACGCCAACCCUCCCGUUUCAUCCUUGCGGCAACUUGCUAAGAAUUCAUCGCUCUACAUCAUCAAUCUGAACAACGUAAUAGACUGCGCCAGACCGAGUAUGCCCAAUUUGAUCUACGUCGGUGGCAUCGCUGCAAAACCUCCUAAACCUCUCCCCGCCGAUAUCAAGGAGUUCGUCGACUCUGCGAAAGAAGGGUUCAUUAUCUGCACUUUCGGUUCCAUGAUGGCUAAGGCACCGCGACAUAUCCAAGAAAAACUUCUCAAGGUCUUUAGCAUGGUGAAGCAGAAGGUCCUUUGGAGGCAGGAGGGGAUCCCUGCCGAUCUCAAAAUUCCUGAUAAUGUCAGACCCAUGUCCUGGCUGCCACAAAAUGAUCUCUUGGCGCACCCGAAUGUUAAGGUAUUCAUCACCCAUAACGGGAAUAACGGCCAAACAGAAGCGGUCUAUCAUGGUGUCCCGAUGUUAGGCGUGCCGCUCGCCGGUGACCAAUUCGGAAACACUGACAGGUCCGUAGAAUUAGGCUACGGGUUGAAAGCGAAUAUUAAGACAGAUAGCCCAGAGGAAAUCGCUUCCCUGGUCAAAGAACUCAUCGACAAUCCCAAGUAUGAAACGGCGGUCAACAAGGCAUCCUUGAUUUUGAAAUCUGUGCCUCCUGCCAAGGACACUGCUGCAUACUGGGUAGAACACGUGAUGAAAUAUGGCGGAUCUCAUCUGAGAACUACUCUCGCUGACAUGAGUGAUAUCCAGUUCAUUAUGUUUGAUAUCUAUGCAUUCCUAACCAUCCUUCUCUUUGUGUCAUUGUUCCUCUUGAAGAAGAUCGUUUGUUUUAUUUACCGAAAGUUUGCAGGUGACGAAGCGAAAUCAAAGAAGAAGAAAACAAACUGAAUUCUUAACUAGCCUUUAUAAGUUGUAAGGUAUACUGGUAGAUUUUUAAACUAAAGUGUAAAUAAUUGCAGAAAAAAAGAUACUAGGAUAGAACGGGACGACACAAAUUGGCCAUUUAUACCAACUUGAAGUCCUGUCAGUUAGAAAUCCUUUUGUCUGGUAGUUUGGUUAGGCCACGUCCCAUCUUCAUCCCAACCACGGACAUAAAUUAACUUUUAUUAAUUUUACUAAGUAUUUAGAUCCGUGUCACAAUCUAUAAACAUAAGUGUCAAAAUAUCAGCUGAGCACCAGGUCCUCAGGCCACUUGUUAAAAACUAGGGCCAAAUUCAUAGAGGGCAUUAAGCGCGAAACAGCGUUUAACUACUGAAUAGACAGGUUCAGGUCUGUCAUGUAAAUCUUCACAGAAUAUCAAUAGGCCCUGAAACUGAUUAGAGAGAAGUUACCCACGUCUAACCCUUAAACGCCCUUUAUGAAUUUGGCCCAAUUGAAAGUCGUUUACAUUAGUGUAUAUCUUUAGAAUCAUAAUGUUAGGGUGCCUGAUUA